CUGACAACUGCGGUACGGUCUUGAGAACUGUGGUAGAGGAGUUCAGACUUGUAAGAAACAAGGACCAAUUCAACUAAGUAAUAAGGAUUUUUAAACUAAAUGUUAGUCAACAGUAGGUCUACAUGUGUGCUGUUACUGUUUUUGUUUAUCAGACACGGAAUCCAAGUGCUAACUUUAUAGUUUUCGUCGAUAACAUCGCAGAAAUGUAACUGUUUCGGAAGCUGGACGUUGUGAAUGAACUUCUGAAACUUUGACAGCUGGCAAAGUUUGUUAAAUGGAAGGCGUAUAUAUCGUAUGCUGAAAAACAAACCCGUAAAGUUAGGUUGUCAGUUGGUCAACAGGACUUUGUACUUUUACCACUCACAUUGUUACAUAAACAACUUUUAUCAACUGAAGUAGCAGAUUAUGUCAGCAUCAACAGCAGCCGCCAGCUCAUCCCAGCAGCGGGUUAAACACAGCGGCUCCCCGACAGCCUCCUGCUCUUCCUGCAGCAACAACAACACCUCGGUCCGGUUGCAGCCUAUCCGCGCCACGGUGCCGUACCAGCUUUUGCGUGGAAAUCAGCACAGCCCAACCCGCUCCGCUUCCUCCUCCUUCUCAGUAGCCGGGAGCAACACAGGACCGACGACGUCCCGUUGCUCCAGUCCCACCAACCCGGGUGGAAGCGGCUCGGACAGCAGGCUGGUCCCUAGGCAGACACUUUCACCUCCGGAUAGCAGGAGCUCACCAGAACGCUCUCCAUAUUCUCCUGUUUCCAAAGCUGAACGGAUAAAAUCACAGCAGGUGCGGAGCUCGGGGGCCAUUCGGCGGACUUCCUCCCUUGGCACUAUCACAGGGCCCUACCUCACUGGGCAGUGGCCUCGGGAACCCCAUGUGCACUAUCCAUCUUGUAUGAAAGAUAAAUCCACACAGACUCCCGGAUGUUGGAGUGACGAAACAGGAGAGAAGAGGAGCACCCACCAGCGCUCUGCGUCCUGGGGCAGCGCCGAUCAGCUCAAAGAGCAGAUUGCAAAGCUCCGGCAGCAGCUCCAGCGCAGCAAACAAGGAGGACGCCACAAUAAAGAGAAGGAGCGACUCUCCCCGCUCCAGUACACCAUCACCUACACCUCCCACACCAGCACUACCAACAACACCUCCAUCACAGCCAGCCACGUCCAGCAGUUUUCCAUGUCGAAGUCGGCCCAGAUGCCGCUGUCCAACAUCACAGUGCCAAAGCCCUCCAUCUCCAGGGUGCCCAGCAGCAUGGAGGGCAUCAACCAUGAGCUGGAGAAGGUCUUCAUCAAAGACAAUGGAGAGAAGGAGGAGCUGAAGUCGCUGGAGGUUCCUGACGGCCGGCGGGCACCCUUCCCUCCCCAGCAGCGCAGCAGCAGCACCCGCAGCGUGGACACCCAGACUCCCUCAGCCCCCGGCCGCUCCAGCAGCUGCUCCAGCCUGUCGCCCUGCCCCUCGCCUGCCCACCCACCAGGAUCACACGACGGCAGUCCCUACUCCACAGAGGAUCUACUCUACGACCGUGAUAAAGACAGUGGAAGCAGCUCACCACUGCCCAAGUUUGCCUCCUCGCCGAAACCCAACAACAGCUACAUGUUCAAGCGAGAGCCCCCAGAGGGCUGUGAGAAGAUUAAAGCCUUUGAGGAGAUGAGCUCCAGGCAGUCGGCAUCGGCAUCAGUCCCCCUCUUCUCCUGCCCCGACAAAAACAAGGUCAACUUCAUCCCAACCGGCUCGGCGUUCUGCCCCGUCAAACUCCCAGGCUCCCUGCACCUCACCCCGGCCUCGGAGCCCGAGGAGGACGAGGACAGCGCGGAGGCGGGCGCCAGCUCUGAGCCCCAGGGGGUCACGUCGUUCUACGGCGCCCCCACUCAGGUCUCCACGAGCACCAGCACAGACGACCCACCGGAGGAGCCCGGCUCGCCCUCAGAGACUGCAGACCCCCAGACAGACAGCCCGGCCAUCAGCUAGACCUGAGCAGAGCUGGCCUCUGGCUCCGGGAUUCACGCUAGCAACCACCGACCAUCACCACUGACUGUCCCACCAACACCUCCCUCUGCUCUGCCAGGGGAGCCUCCGUCUCUCUGUGCUGACCCCCUCCACCCCCCCUUCUAUCUCUGCAUGACGUAGCAACAAUGUCCCGAAUAACCACCACCGCCACCACAAAGACUCGCCACUUAAUGUUCUGUCCUGCAUAAUGUCUGAGCUGUUGCUGGCAGGAGAGGACCUGGUUAAAGGUUAUCAUAUGCAGGCAUCGGAGGGAAGAAUGGAGCACUAUGGAUGGGGGAGGGGCAUGCAUUUUAAACUGGUAGUAUAUUUCUGAUUAAGUUAUGUGUUGUGUUCUGUUUCAACAUUCACAGUAUGAAUAAGCUCUCUAAACAUAUAUAUACACAUAUAUCUCUAUGAAAAGAAAGAAAAAUGCUUGUUUUAAAAAAAAAAAAAAUCCAAAACUGUGUAUUGCUGUGUUAUGUACCGAACAGGAGAAACAGCUGUACUCUUCAGGAUUAUGUUUACACUAUCCAGGUUACAUUGUUAAACCCUGUUGAAAAAAACGAAGGAGAGUUAAAAAAAAUGAGAAAAUAAUUUGGGCAAAGAAAAAAAGACAAAAUGGCCACAAUUGGUUGCACAGUGUCUGCAUCUGGCCUCGCUUCAGGUAUUUCAAUCAGAGUCUAUACUCAGGUAAUUUGGAAUGUAUGUCCAUACAAAUAUCUGUAGCUUGACAAAGCAGAACAGAUUCACUGUCAUUUUCUCAUUCCCAGACAAAUCAUUCCUUUCUGUUCCAGAGUCUAGUCUGAGACUAGACCUGUGAUAGCGAGCUGCAGAGGGAAAAGAGUUGAAGUGGUGGGCAUCCCUGGGAUGCCUUUGUUGACCGGUGGUGGGAUUUCUGUACGGACCACACACACUGUGACCGAUGGCAUUUGUGGCUGUGUGUGUACUGAUGGAAGCAUGCUGGAGAGAGACUUGGACGACGUCUGUUAUUUAAGCCUGACGACAAUGUGUGAUUGGCUUUCCUGAGCCGUUUACAGUGGACCACGAGUGGACGAGUCUGCAGCACCGUCACAUUAAGAUACAAUCAAACUGAAGCAUUUGGUUCUUUACAGGUGCAGAUUGGAGGUGGAGUUGUACAAACAUUUUUCUGAGGUAGAAAUAAUUUUAUUUAUUAAGUUAAACCUCAGUUUGCAUAGCCAAAGAAACUUAGCCAUCUGGCAAACCUGACUUAAUCAAGAUGAGAGCAUGACUGAUACUGGAUUUCUGUGGCCCAUAUUGAUAUUUAAGAGGGUUUUGUUUUUUUUAAGUCCGAUAUUCAUUUUUCAACACAGUCAACCUAAAAAAAAUGUUUUUGAUGAAAAUCACUUGAAUUUGGUUGUUAAUGAAUAAUGACCAAUAUACAGUAUGUUACAAACAGGACAUUUUACAGUGUAAAAACAAACUUGUUAGUGCUCUCUGGUGGACAAACUAUGUAAUGGAAACACUUUCUAAAUUACCUAAACUACCACCUAAUCUCCGCCGAUACGGUAUAGCCGUGAUAAGCUAACGUUAGUAUUUUUUAAAUUUACAAGCAGUCCAGUCAUUAAGACUUAAAAACAUCAGACCUUAUGAGAUAUCCUGUUGCAGGUUAAAGGACAAUGUGUCCUUGGAUUUAAUAAGUUAAAUGUUGAAACAUAGUGUAACAGUAGCACAAGCUAAACGUUAGCCACCAUAAGCUACUGGUCAUUCAGGCUGUUUUUAAAAAAGUUGUACUUUUACUUAAAACAACCAAGUUUGAAUUAACGAGGAUGAAUACAUUAUUCAUUGGAAUGAAUCUGAGCACAACGCACAAAACCUAAUCAUGACGUGUUUAUUGUUUUCUGUUUAUUCGUGGUGCCUCUGCUGCCUGACUUGAGUUAAGCUAACGUGACUUGAGAUUUGUUGUUGAUGUGUGUUGUUUUAGAAAGUCAGCAAACAGCCUCACCUUCAUCCACAUUUUUUCCAUCUAUGGCAUUGAUUCUAAAAUCUUUCCACACAUUACUUAUCACAUGAAUUGGUGUCAUGACUAUCCGUUCAGUACGGCUCAUUAGCGCAUAGCCAGUUAACUGAGGGCAACAGAGCGUACAACAGAUCAGUGCAUUAUAAAAAAUACCCCUCGCUUGGCCUGCAGCACUUAUACACUGAAUUUGUCAUUUUCGCUCGGUCCAGAUUGAAUAUUACAGUUUUCCUGUGUUCUAAACAGUAAUUUUGAUGUAUCAGUCACGGCUCUAAUGACGAGAAUUCUGGUAAAAACAUUAACAAAAUAUACAUGGGAGUGUCAUUUUUUUCCAACCAAAAUGUGUGACUCAAGUGUUAAGAGUAGGGCUGGGUACUGUUUAAUAUUUUUGAUACUAGUGUUGAUAUGAUAUCUGAGUUUCACUACCACAACCAAAACUUUACUUUUUUCCAUAUUCAAUACUUUGAGGAAUAUAAAUGUGAUUUUCUUCAGAUUCCUUUUUUCCAUUUAACAAAAGAAGCCAAAGUUCACAAAUGUUAAACUUCUCCAAACACAAGACAUAUACAACAACACAGUAGUCCAAAAUUGGCAAAAUUAUGUUUAAAGCUGCACUAAACUAUAUUUUUAUAUUAACUAUGGUUCAAAUGACUAGUGUAUUGUGAAAGGAGUUGCUUAUAGUAACAAACCCACACAGAAUUAUCACCAACUCUGCAGUUCUCUCUCUUUUAGCUCAUUGUUUUGGUUUUACACACAAAAAGGUUUGAUAAACCGACUGUACACUACCAGCUAAGCUUACAAAUGGCUAACAGACAAAGUUAGUAGCUAGCUGGUGGAGAAACUUGAGCAUCGAGCUUAAACAAUAGAUAUUUGUAGUUAAGUUUGUGGAGACCAAAACAGAGCUAAAAGGAGAGUUAAUAUUGGACUUACAUUCAUCAGGUGGACACAAACACAACUCCAAAUCAAUGCUAAUUAUGCUCUGUGCCUGCUGGAUGUAUCAAUUGGCACCUGUUUGCUUACCUCUUAGCCUUAACAACUUCAUAAGGUCAUAGUUUUGGCCAAAAAAAAAUUAUUGUUGCAGCUUUAAAUUAGAAACUGGCUGAAGAAAGAACAAGUUAAUCAGAUUACAAAUCUGACCGGACAGUUUUGGAUAAUCAGUGCCACAGACACAUUUUGGUUGGUACUAAAAAAGUAUACUGUUUCUAUACUCGGCCCAAGGCAACAGUUUGCUACGAGCUCAGAUUGCAGUGAAGCCAUAGAAGAUGAAUGUUUGUACAACUUUGGACAAUCUCCAAUCUGCAUUCAGGUGAUAUCCAAACUUAGACUGUUCUGAUAAUCCAGAUAAUUGCUAUUCCAUUAAAUGCAUUCCAUGAGAUUUUAGCAUCCAAGACAUAAAUAGACUCGUGAUGAUUCAUUCCUAAAAUAUCUCUCAGCCUUUUGAUUUGAUCGCUGUAAGAGACUAGCUACAGUACUGAGAGAUGUUUGGUUGCAGAUACAGGAGCGCCUUCAUCUGUUUGAUGCACAGAUAAAAGGAUAAAACUGGCCUGCCUCCCUCUCACUGUCUGUCUGUUAUUGCUGAGUGUUGUAGGCACCCUGAUGCUACCACCAAGCAGGAAAACCUUCUUAACAUUGCAUAUAUUCUGUGAAAAACACUAUCCUCUAGUCUCGGCUGCACAGCGCUGUCAAAUGAACAUCGCCAUGCCCAAGUGUAAAUGAUCCGCAACUUUCAUUUUCAAACGUCAAGAGUGAAACAUAACCAACAUUUAUUUUGAUAUCUCGUGUGCUUGUGGAAUCCCUGCAUUGACGCUCCAUUCAUAUUUUGUAUAUAUGUGGCUUUUAAAGAGGCUCAAUGCAAUGUUGUGGUUUCUUAAGACAUUUCAGCACCUUACCAAGAGCUAUAGCUUUCCCAAUGUCCCACAUAUACUCGGCAUUGGUAAACUAGAUGUGUGCAAUAAUAGGGAAAAAAAAAAGGUGUUGUCCUCCCGGAUGUUGUCCGUUCUUUGACAUGAGCGUCUCAUCUUGCAUUCCUUUGGUUUUGAGCAUGGGGGCUGGAUCAGCAAGUAGUUUGUUGCUAAAGCCAUCAAUCAAUACAAAACCAGCACUGAGAGUGACCAGAGCACAUCACUGGCAGGUCAGAGUGUUCAUCAACUCCUACAUGAUACUCCUUGUGUAACCUGCAGUGUCAAAGUUCAUGCACAAUGGCAAUAAAAAAACUAUUGGU